GAAAGGACGCUCGCGGGCCCCCAGGCUAAACCCCGCUGUAGCCUUAAAUCUCCUACCAUGGGGGAAGAACGCGGCGGCGGCAGCUGUGGGAUCACUAGGGAGCUGCAGAAGCUGAAGCAGCAGGCGAUGGAGUACUACCGGGAGAACGACGUCCCGCGCAAGCUGGAAGAGCUGCUCAACUCCACCUUCUACCUCCAGCCUGCCGACGUCUACGGACACCUGGCAAACUACUUUUCUAAACUUGCAAAGCCUCCCACCCUAUGCAAAAUAGUGGGGAAAAAUGUACUGGAUGGACUGGGGCUUCCAACCCUACAAGUGGAAAUAUUCUGCACCAUUCAAAAUUUUCCCAAGAACAUCUGCUCCGUCAUGAUCCCCACUCACUUUGAGGUCCACGAGAAUGCUUUGCCAGAGGUGGUGGAGGCAGAGGAGGUGGAAAGGGGCCUGGCAGUGAGCACGGCCAUACAGUGGGUCAAUGAGACCAUCACCGAGGAGUUGCAGGGCCUGGUGCCCUCCAACCAGGCCCAGGUGGAUCACAUGCUCAGGUUAUUCUUCGCAAAUAAAGUACAAGAAGACAAGGAGAGGAAAGAACUAGAGAGGAGCCUGGAAGAGUCAGUAGUGCCAGUACCUCCACCUGUAAUGCCACCACCACCCCCUCCGCCUCCUGCCAAAAAGAAAGGGCAGAAGCCAGGAAGGAAGGACACCAUCACAGAGAAACCUAUCCCGCCUGCAGAACCUGCUGAACCCGUGCUCUGCGGCAGUAUGGCCAUAGGAGCUGUGUCACUAGCUAUUGCCAAAACUAGCGCCAUACUGGGCAGUAUUCCUCUGUACUUGAACAUUGCAUUGCUGAAGCACAAUCAGGAACAGCCAACAACACUAACUAUGCCUUUGCUGAUGGUAUCUCUCGCCAGCUGUGGGAAGUCAUCACCUGGAAAAUUAAAUUUAAUGAAAGAAGUGAUUUGCAUUCCCCAUCCUGGAUUGACAACCAAACAAGGUGUGGAGAUGCUUCUGGAAAUUCGGAAACAAAUUAACAAAGUAAUGGAACUGCCCCCUCCUCCAAAAGUGGAGACCAAAAAAGGACAUAAUGGAAGCAAAAGAGGUCAACCACCCAUCACUAGCAAGAUGUCCCAUCUUGGUUGUUUGAUCAUUACCUGUGACACCGUAGAACAGCUGCUGCUUCUAAUACAGGGAAUCUGUGCCAACUUGGGGCUGGAACUGGGAACCAAUCUGCAUCUAGCCAUCAACUGUGCCGGCCAUGAGCUGAUAGACUAUAGCAAAGGAAAGUACGAGGUGAUGGCGGGCGUCUACAAGAGUGCCGCCGAGAUGGUUGACCUGUAUGUGGAUUUGAUCAACAAGUACCCUUACAUUAUAGCCUUAAUUGAUCCUUUCAGGAAGGAGGACGCUGAACAGUGGGACAGCAUCUAUAAUGCUCUCAGUUCCAGGUGCUACAUAAUUGCAGGAACUGCAUCCAAAAGCAUUUCUAAACUUCUAGAGCAAGGAGGCAUCGGCAGCCCCAGAUCCCAUGGACUGAUCAUAAAACAUACAAACCAAACUACUAUGUCUGACUUGGUGGAAAUAACCAACAUCAUUGACAGUAAGAAGCACCUCACCAUCCUUGGAAGUACAGAAGGAGAGUGUCUUGAUGACAGCCUUGUCGAUAUGGCCGUUGGACUUGGGGUCCGGUUUAUCAAGUUGGGGGGCCUUUCUCGUGGUGAAUGGGUGACUAAAUACAACCGCCUUCUGACUAUAGAGGAGGAACUGGUCCACGAGGGAACGCUGGGUUUCAAAGAAGAACACACUUUUUUUGACUUUAAUGAGAAUGCUGAGAAGGCCCUUGAGGCGGCUGCUGGUGCUGGUGAGCUGCUUGAGCCUCCAGAGCCCAUCUUCCCCACGGAGGUUGUAGAGGAGUUGGCCAAAAUGUGAGCCUCUUCCAGCCAGGGGCAGUAGUGCAAGGCACGGCGUGCAGUGAGUGUCGGGCUGGCAGCUGUGAAGUACAUCCCUGCACCGAGUCUGCUCUUAAGCACCACUAACGCAUGCGCUUUUUCUUUUAAUUUAGCUGUUUGGUAAUAUAUGGUGUGUUUGCCUGAAAUUUUAUCUGUGAACUUUUUUUUUUAAGCCAUCAUAUUUCCAUGGGGACACGGGAUCUUUUGUCCACUUUUCAAGAUCAUGUUCUGCUUUUAUCAGAGGCCAAUACUUGUACUGUUGAAACAAAAUAAUUAGUUUAGCUCUGGUUUCAUUCAUUUAGUUACAAUUGGAGUCACACUUUUGGGGCACACUCUUUUGUGUGACAUGUUGGCAUUCAGUCAAACACCUCAUCCUUUACCGAGCAGAACAUCUCAAAAGCAAAAACCUAAUUCAGCAAGAAGCUCUUGGUGCCGGAAGUAGGUGCCAUCUCCUGGGCUCACCUGCUCCUCAACCCCACCUGGCCUUUCUGUGGCCAACCUCAUAGGAGCACAGAGCGUCGCCUUGUUUUCAACCACCAAACAGCUUUAUCUCACUUCUCUACAAGCAAUUCCCUUUCCUCUCCUUCCUGCUUCCUCUUAAAUUUUAGUUUUCCUUAUAUAUUAUCUUUGUAAAUCUCCUUAGAUCUGUUUUAAAACAAGAAUGGGUAUAGAUUAAUAAGUACAUAAGUGAAUAAAUAAUCCUGUGGUUCUUAAA